AUGGCAAACAAUAUAUUUGCUGGGCUGCAGUCCACCAUCCAAGGCCUUUACCCUUUAAGCUUGACCCACAACCUAGUUGCCUCUUUUCUAGAUCAUGUCCACAAUUAGCAAUCCACUGUUUCUUUUGGUACUAAUGGUAUCUGGGAUAGCAUUGCAACCCCCAAAGGUCUCUGAUUUGCCCUAAUAAUCGUCAGUAUGAACGGGUUCAUCCUCGAUUCAGAAGUUUCGACGUCUAACCACGUGAGUGACUUGCUGAAUAGUUACUUCAGCGACCAGCCUGACGACACAGCGCGUCUGAUUAGUCAGAAACAAAGGAUGAACUUCAAAAAGCUUGUCAGCUUCUCUUUGUUAAAAAGACAAAUGGUCCAGGCUUUAACAGUUGGUCGCAAUUUAAAUGGUUCUUUGAGUAAGAGGCUGGACGAUGUUAUGAACCAAGGGUUUGACCAAUUUGUCUAAUUGUGUUCAGUCUGUCCCAAGAUCAUUACGAGGUCUCAGUGGUGAGAUGCAGUGGUUCUCCCUUCUGUCUGUCUCUCCCUGCGCCGUACGUUUUAAUCCACCACAUCUCAACCCUCCAGGCCUUGCACCACCUUUGACCAAUGUGCCAGUGACAUGCAGCGCAACCAGCAAACCAAUGGAUGGUCUGACAUUGGAUACAGUUUUGUUACAGGUUCUGAUGGAAACCUAUACGAAGGCCGUGGCUGGAAUUGGGUCAGAGCCUAUACUUAAGGGUACAACUCUAUAAGCUUUGGGUUCUGCUUCAUCUGUGAUUAUACCUCCAUCCUUCCUGUCAAGAGUGUGAUGGACAUGGUGCGAUGCCACAGAAUGCCCAGGAAACACCUCGUACCGGAAAAUCCAGAAAUGGGUGCAUUGGGAGGUAAAAGAUAA